AUGUACGGAGUACCUCCCGAUAGGAAGGCAAUUGCAUUGCUCCUUUCCACCCCCCUUCCCCACCCUAUUCUUGACGCAUAUCUCUUGGUAUUCGUGCAUUUCGGCGAUUCAAAACAACAACAGCAGAAAAGCCAUCGUGUUCCUGACACGCCUUUCGUCCCGAGAGACUUGAAGGUACGGAGUAGGAGCUUAACAAACCGCGAAGCCAUCCCUGGUCUAGGUGUUUUCCUGGCACCACCCGACCUUUUCGACGACGACGACGACCAUCCUUGCGAUCCGGCAGCCGGUCGCUGUUGUCCAGCCUCGUUCCUCGACUUUGUCCUCUCUUCUCCCAGAGAAGGUCAUCACGACGACGAACCGAUCCCGACAGGGACGAGACGAUUCCAUUUCGACUUGAUCGAGUCUCAAUCAAGAAGACGCCAUCCUCAUCGAUCUGGCUCCGUGAUUUCCGACGCCCGCCUUCCCCACCACAGCCUACCGCUGUGA